AAUAGCGCUACACAGUGUGUGAGUGAACCAAGAAAUGUUUGAUGCUUUCAUUUUUGGCUUGGACUCUGACUUUAAUGUGUAAUAUUUUGAACCAUGGGUUUGGAAAACAUGUACUUGCCAGAGUUAAAAGACAAAAUAAGUCGAUUCAGAUUUACACAGUCUUGUGUGGGUCUUUGUGGUUGCCUGUGCAUCUCCUACGCAGUUUGGACACCAUUCUGGUUAAAUGAUAGGGGACUCUGGGCUGAGUGGAACAACACAAAGGAUGACCAGAACAGUGACAGUGUGGCCUUCAGUGUCUUGUUUAUGUCUGUGGGGACGCCAUCAUUGUGAUGCAGCCCUGGAAGCAGAGAGAGUAUUUGGGGUUCUGUCCUUCCUGUUGGCCUUGAGCACCGGGGCUCUCUCGCUGGUCUUCGCCCUCUGUUGGACAUCUAAGACGGUGCACUCCUACUCCAACACUCGCUCUCUCCUCAUGGCAGGCCAGGCACUCUACCCCACCACCUUGCUCCUCCUCACCAUGUUCCCUACAGGUUUCUUUUUCCUUCUCAGCUGGUCACUUUUCAACUAUGAGCAUUCCGAAGAAAUCAACUCGGACUUUUCCAGCUUAGGUUCCUCCUAUUGGCUUGGGGCUUUAGGUUGGACUUUGCUUUUAGUCGUGGAAAUGAUCAUAUUUCUAGCCGAGCAAGCUAUUGUACCUGACGUUCUCGAAGACCUGGAAAAAGCAGUGGACUCAUGGCGGGUCACCUCUACGCCAAGCCGCAGUUUCAGUGAUGGCUGUUGUCACCCUGCUGACAGUAACAGUCAGGUUGCUUCAAAGCGUUACAUGUCAGCACCGGAAUAAGACAAUGAGAGGAUGAAAACAUGACAUGAACAAACACAGACUCAAAGGAAAAGAAGUGUUUAUUGUUGGAUUUGGUCUCCGUCCUGCAACAUUCUGCACCAACCUCAUAGUUUUUGAGUAUGCAAAGGUAUAUAAACGACCACAUCUGUGUAGAAAUCCUCCCCUUGAGGACUCUAAGUGGGUUUUGAAAAGAGGAUAAGGGAAUCUUAAAGAACCAAAUCAUAGAAUGAGAACCAGAUUGUUUAUUUCUGACAACAAUACCUAAUUCAGACAUCCGGGCUUAUCUGCAGUUCCUGUAUGCCUACAAGUAAGCGGGUCUUAUUACAGCACAGCUGCAAAAAAGCACCCUUUCCCUGCCCAGCCAUUAAUACACUCAAGAUUGUGUACGAGGCUGGAGUCCUGGACCAAUCAGCUUUCGCCACUGCCCUUGCUUGAACUGCUUUCAUGGUGUAACAUUCUGCAGCAACCUCAGUUUUUGAGUAUGCAAAGGUAUAUAAAUGACCUCAUCUGUGUAGAAAUCCUCCCCCUGAGAACUCUAAGUGGGUUUCGAAUAGAGGAUAAGGGAAUCUUAAAGAACCAAAUUAUAGAAUGAGAACCAGAUUGUUUAUUUCUGACAACAAUACCUAAUUCAGACAUCCGGGCUUAUCUGCAGUUCCUGUAUGCCUACAAGUAAGCGGGUCUUAUUACAGUGCAGCUGCAAAAAAGGACCUUUCCUUUGCCUGCCCGGCCUUUUAGACACUCAAGAUUGUGUAAGAGGGUGGAGUCCUGGACCAAUCAGCUUUCGCCGCUGCCCUUGAUUGAACCGCUUUCAUGGUGUAACAUUCUGCAGCAACCUCGUAGUUUUUGAGUAUGCAAAGGUAUAUAAACGACCACAUCUGUGUAGAAAUCCUCCCCCUGAGGACUCUAAGUGGGUUUCCAAUAGAGGAUAAGGGAAUCUUAAAGAACCAAAUCAUAGAAUGAGAACCAGAUUGUUUAUUUUUGACACCAAUACCUAAUUCAGACAUCCGGGAUUAUCUGCAGUUCCUGUAUGCCUACAAGUAAGCGGGUCUUAUUACAGCGCAGCUGCAAAAAAGCACCUUUCCUUUCCCUGCCCGGCCUUUUAUACACUCAAGAUUGUGUAAGAGGCUUGAGUCUUGGACCAAUCAGCUUUCGUCACUGCCCUUGCUUGAACCGCUUUCAUGGUGUUUCUGCUUUCGUUUGUUCGCUGGGGCAUCAAGGCAUCUUUUCCUUUGUUGCAAAGCAAGCUGUCAUAUGCGUACUCGAUCUUUCCAAUAUUUAGCUAGCAAAAUUCAUUUGUCAGCUCGCAGCAUGUACCGUACUGUAUUUUAACCCAAAGUACUACAAAUGUUAAAAAGGCAUCCUUCUCCGCUAAAUAAGCAGCAUAUUUUGUUUCAGGUUUUCAUCCAUCUGCUUGUUGUAGCUGGCAUAACAAUAUCUCAUUACAUCAUCCCAUCAUGAGUUGUAAUUGUGUUGCCAGCAUAAAGUUGCAGCUGCCAAGCAUUAGGACCACCAGACAACAGACUGACUCCAAAGAUAUUAUUUAACGUCGUCUCACACAUUCCCACAAGGAGACCAAGCAGGGGUUCUCAGCUACUUAUGCUGGCAUUCUCAUUGUGCCAAAGUGAGGGAAAUUAAGUGGCUCUAGCUUUGUUAAUUGUGUGUUAAUCAGGUGAUGCGCUGAUUAAAAGGCAGUUUCACCCUGUUGGACCCUGCUAAUGAGUUUGUUAUUAAAUCCACAGAGGAUUUUUGGCUCUUUUUUCAAUUUAGCACCAGGGUAGUGCUUAAUUGUUGUGUAAAUCGACCUCCAUGAGCACACAAACCACAAAUGGACUCACACCUGAACUGAGGGCGUACUCAAACCACUCUAAGCAUACCAUACCUGGGGCUGCUUAACACCUAAAAAACGGAUGCCGAAUGCUUGUCUUUUGGCAUCGUCGGGCUCAGCACUGUCAACUCUCAUGUUUUCACAUUUGUGAGACUGUUUUCUAGUUUAAUAUAUUUGUAUCUGUCAGAAAACAAUAGUGAUGAAAUGGCUGAUCACUUCCACCUUGUACGGAAAAAGGUGGACUCCCAUCUCCUGGCCAGGGAUGAUGUCCUGCCCCAAGUGAACUACGUCUGUGUCUUCUUCACAAGUGAGGGAAGGAUGGAACAUGAGAUUGAUAGGCAGUACGGAAUGCAAAAUGCGAAAUGCAAACUCCGCAUAUAGGUCUGUUUUGGUGAAAAAGGAAGGCAAAGCUCUCAAUUUACCGACUGAUUUUAUAUUCUUACCCCUUCCGAUGGUCCUGAUCUUUGGGUAGUCUGGGAUUCCCUGCUUGAUGGAUGGAUGGAUGGAUGGAGGUUACUUUAAAAGCUUGCAUACAUUUAUGUAUGUACAUUUAUGUGUUAUUGUAAUGGUAAUGGUGUAAUUUCAUUUGAACAUGCACCAGAUUACAAUUGAAUGCAUCACAUAAUCAGUUCACAGCUCCACAUGUCCAAAAGGAGUAGGAAGAAGCAAAGCUUAUUAAAUCCUACCCCUCCAUCUGGUACUUUUACAAUCAGUAACUGUUACAUUUGUUCACUUCCUGCUUUCCUAAUAUAGUUUUUUGAAAUAGAUUUUUUUUAAAUAAAUAAUAUUUUCAUAAUUAUUUUUGAUAUCGUCAAUAAAUUGACGGGCAUCUGUGAUUUAUCAUUUCAUCCAGGUACAUUUCCAAACAAAAAUGAAAAUACUUAUGGUACGUUUACUCCUUUUGGACAUGUGGAACUGUCCAAUGAAUGUAACUCAAUGCAUGUUCAAAUAAAAUUAAACCUGUAACCUAACUGUUACAUUUGUUCACUUCCUGCUUUCCUAAUAUAGUUUAAGGUUUUUUUUAUUUUAUUUUUGUCACAUUUUAUAUCAGUGAUAUAUAUAGCACAUCAUGAUUGGUUCAAGACUCUUCAUCCUUGUAUUUAGCAAACAUCAACUGCUUGUAUUGUUUCUUGAAUUGGCUCAUCGUUGUGCAUUGUUUGAGGGUCUUACUCAAUCCAUUCCAUAGUUUGAUUCCACAUACUGAAAUGCUAUGGCUUUUUAACGUAGUCCUAGCAUAGAAGUGUUUCAAAUGUAGUUCUUCCCUGAGAUCAUAUUUCUCCUCUCUUGUAGAGAAGUAUUGGAUGACAUUUUUUAGGUAAUUAGUUUAUUUUUAGCCUUAUGCAUUAUUUUAGCUGUUUGAAGAUGAACUAUAUCAGCAAGUUGAAGUAUUUGUGAUUUUAGAAAUAAGGAGUUAGUAUGUUCUCUGUAGGCGGCAUUAUGAAUUAUCCUUACUGACCUUUUUUUGCAGUACAUUUAGUGAGUGACAAUUUUUACAGUUAUUAGCCCAUAUUUCCACACAAUAAGUAAGAUAUGGUAGAAACAGAGAGCAAUAAAGAGUGAUGGAGAACAAAUUUUGCUUUGUUCAAUAUGGAAAUAUUUCUGGCCACUUUCUGUUGUAUAUUUACAACAUGAGGUUUCAUGUGCGUAAUGAAGUUUAUGUUAAUUACAAUUGCGACCUACUAAGACUGUAUUUUCCCUCGAAGACUUAGAAGCUACAAUAAUGCAGCAGCAACCUUGAAAUAAAUAAUUAGAAAGACUCUAAAUAAUUGUCCACAAAUCAGAGAACAUGGAGUAAAACCGCAGAAUAGAAGUGAUGGUACGAACAAAUGGGGCCAUGGCACGAUGGCACUGUGAGGGCAGGCCGGCCGGCCACCAGUAGAGGAAUGACAUCCAAUUCCGGCACAGUACAAACGGCCUUCUUAAAACCAUCCAAUUCAUACGGGUGUGAAGUUCCGUAUCCAGCUGUGCCUACUCAGCAGUUGCUGUUGUUUCACAACUGACCACUUA